CCUACCUGCCUUCAGCAACUGUGCCUCUCCACCUCUGGUAUGUUCCCAAGCUCUUCUCCAGAGAGCUGUCUAUGAUGCAAAGAGGUCAAUAAUACAAAUAAUUAAUGUCAAGUGGCUGUCAAUAGAUACUAGGUCUAAAAACAUAGCACAUGUAAACCCAUAUUAAUUAAUUGCAUCCCACUCUGAAAUUUGAACAGUAAGCAAAUUAGGAGGGAUAGUAUGGUGAUAAUGAUCAAUGCUUAUUUUUUCUGGGGAGAUGUUGAGAAGCAGAGCAGCUUUGGCACAGCUAAGUCCUUCCUGGAGUUGGUUUAUCUCUCCCCUUCUUCUGAAAUUGAAUUUUUAAAUAUUUGGUUGUUAAGGGUAUAAUGCCUACUUUACAGAAAGUUGAGGUGCUCAAUCACAAUAUUAAAAAUUCCUUUAAUGUAUUUAUUUAAAAUACAAAACCAGAAAUUACGUAGGAAAGCAUCAAAGGAGAAAUCAUAUUUUUAUCUUGACACACAGAUUGCUUUUUCAUGUGAUCUGAUCCACAUUCUUGCUAUUUAUAUUUCAUACUUAAUCCUUGCAUCUGGUGCAUUUAGUCAAAUCCAAUCCUCUGCUCUCAGAAGCAUUUCAGCAUCUUCUGAACAAGACGGAGGAGCAGGGAUCUCAUCCUGGCACACACAGGCCUUGAAGGGGGUAAUAGCAAACAAGACGUGUCAGUCAGACCAAGUCUCCAACACCACCAUGCUAAAAAGAGCCCAUAUGAAAGAUUUUUUCAUAUAGACAUAUCAGUAUUUGUGGAGUGGAAGCUACUGGGGUUUUUUCUCUGAUAUUUGGAGGGGAGUGUCAGGUUCUCUAUGUUUCAAAGUUUUUUUUGCAAAUGGAACAGUGGAGGAAAGAGGUACAGGAAUAAAAGAUAUAGAAAGGCCCUGUUUUUUAAUAUAUAAAAUAAUCUCACUAGAAUGAACAAGGAGGAGACAAAUAGGGAAACAGAGUAACAUAUUUUUACUUUUAGAAUAAUACAGUUCUUUGCUCAGGUGUAGAAAGCUUUCAAUAGAAGUUUUUUUCUUUGCACGCUCAAUCUUACCCAAGUCCAGGCUGCUGCCCACACCAGUCUUUGUCUCUCCUGCUGAUUCCCUGUCAAUAGUUUCAGGACCCAGCGAUAGUGCAGUGAAAACAAUCUCCCUUCUGAGGGCAGUUUCUCAGAGGGGCAGGUGACUGUGAACAUCGGUGCAGUUACGAGGAGCUGAUGUGGUGCGAGGAAUCUGGAAGGGAGCAGGGUGGAGAAGCCAAGGGGAGGGAGAGCCCGGUAUUGUGCUGCCCAGGGACCACCCUGCACGGGAUUGGGGCAGAGGGUGCAUCACCUGAAGCUCUUCCCUUACCUAACAGCGAGCAUCACUUCCUAGGAGCAGGAACAGUUGGCUGGGUGAGAGCUGGCUUUUCAUCACAUAAGUGCCUGUCUGGAGGACACCCUCCCCACAAGGCAGAAGCUGUCCAAGUUCAGCAGCUAAGGAGAGAGGAAGUGAUGAGGGGUGGGAUCCUGCUGCCUGGCCAUAAUCAUGAAGGAGUGUGUGAAAUACAACAUUCAAGCACACAAAUCUUGUUCCAAGGAACAGUGCUUUGUGAGAGGAAGGGCUGGGAAUCACCACAGAUUUUCCCAUGCAUCGUCCUCAUGUUCUUCCUUUGAACUCCUUGGCUUCUGCAGAGGAAAGGGGUCAUGGUAGAUAUCCAAGAACAGCAGUAGAUAUCCAAGAACAGCAUUUUCUCAUCUAGCAUCACUGUGAGAAGCUGAUAGGUGAACACCUCCUAUCUGGGGGAGGAAAAACGUAAAGGAAGAGCAGGGAGAGGAAAAGAGACAAUAUGUAAAAGUGGUUAACAGUUAAGGAGCCUGCCUCUUAGGUGCCACUGAACUGAAAGUACUAAGAAAAGUUCUCCAAACCAAGAUCUUAACUUUGGUCAUGUUGGAUAUUCUUCCAGCCAAGUAGCACAAUUUGUUGAGCACAACUAUUUCUCACAGACUACUCUGUGGAGCCCCUUUGGAUGCUGAGAAAGUGAGCAGUUUUUCCUCAAUCUCUGAUGGAGUAGCCAGUGUUAUCAAAACAUGGUGAGCUGCAGUAAUUCCUACAAUUAUUCAUGACUGAUUUAUUACUUGAUUUUAGGAAUUCAGUUUAAAUAGACUUUUUUUCCAUCUCCCCUGCUCCCUAAUUGAUUAUUUUUUUGAAUGCUGAACCUUUGAGUUUCUCUCAUAAAAUAGAUUAGAGUCAUUAUAGCUGUGUGCUUUUUAAUCAUUCUGCAGUAUAAUUACUGUUUCUACUGUUGUCUUCUGGUUUACACUGUUUCUUUAUUAGCAGCUUUUAUUGCCAGAAGCUUUAAACAUUUAAUAAUCUGUCAAGGUGGUAAUUCAUUGGGGUUUUGUUUUUUAUUUUUUACUUGAAGACCUUUUCAGUGAUAUCUUCAAGCACCUGGUCUGCCCAGAUGUUUUAAUAUUCACUUAUCUCUGUCCGGUUGGCCUCGUGUUGUUUUUAAUUGCCCUUCUUCUGGAUAACCAAAGUUACCCAUUCAUCAUACAGAGAAUGUAAGUAAGUCACAUGUGACUGUAUCAGGCAGUAGGAAAACAGACCCUCCAGAAACAGUAAUGAGGCUGAUGGCCAGAGAUGACACAUGGCCUGUCUGUUGGCACUAGCAAAAGAACUUUCUUGCAGCCUGAUACAGCAUUCACAGUAAAUGCAGACUGUAGUGGUUUUCAUAAUAUGGACGGAUUACACCACCAUUUCCUGGUUUUAAUGUUUUUUGGGAUUUCCAUUCAGAGUCCCUGCAGGAAUAGAGCCAUUCUUCUCCCCAGGCUCCCAUAGGCUUUUCCUAUACAGCAUGCCAGCAUGGAGCAGCUUGCCUUUCUCAAAUGCCAGGUGAAGCCAGAGAAUUUAAAGGCAAAAGGCUCUUGGAUUGCAAUUCUUGCUGACCUGAGUGUAAGCUGCAGGGCUGUGGCUCCCCAAGGAGUCCUGUAGGGCUGUUCCUCAGCAGCUGGUGUGUCCAUCAGCCUUCCCUCAUGGCUGAUGGGCCGCACUGUUGAAUGAUGGCAGAUUGCAGCAGUGAGGACACCAGUCUCCUCUGGGGCCAGAGCCAUGAGCUGCAGCACUGCCCAGUUCUCAUGGAGUGCACAACCAGGAUACCCCGUGUCCCACUGGGACAAGGCACGGGUGGCUCUGCUGCAGCAGCUGCUCCUUACCCAAAGUGCCUGCUGGAGCUGUCAGCCUGGCUUCUGCAUGUACCCCUGUGCCCCCACCAUGGGCAUGGGGUCUCAGAGCUGGGGGAGCACACUGCAAGGCAUCUUUUCCCAUGUCCAUGAGAUGGUCAGAGACUGGACAGCAUCAGAAAGGGCUGGAGGACAUGAACAGUUUGGUAUAGAUUACUGAGACAGAUGACACGGUGACCUGUCGGUAGGUAAAGGACUGUGGUGGUAAGAAAAUGCUCAAUUCUCCCCAUCCUCGGGGGGAGUGGGUUUCCCUGCACUAGAAGUAAAACUAAAACUUCUCGGUGAGGAAAGAUGGUGGAGGUUGGAAGCAGAAUUCCCAGGGACCUGGUGGCAUUUCAGCUGCUGGUGAUUUCAAAAGAGUGCAUGUGACACAAGACUGUCAAACUGACACACACAGGAUGGGAUCCUCCCUUCUGGCAGGGCAGCAGGUCAGGCUGCCUCUUAGUUCUCUUCCUCCUCCCACUUUCUGUGUGUGGAAGUGCACGACAGAGGGAAUAGAAAUGCUGGGAUUUGCACAUGCUACUUUCCCCUAAAGAUGAAAACAAAAACACAGAGUAAAAGUCGGGUUGUGAUUUUGACGUACAUAGAAAAGAAAAAAAUCCAAAGGAAGACAGUAAUCAUUUAUGACUAAAAAGAGAGUCAAGAAUUACUUUUGAAAAAUAAGAUAUUUACUUAUAUUUUAAAUAACUUCUUACAGAUUUAUAUUUUCUUCACUUUAUAGUUGUGUGCUGGGAAAAUGGUUACUUUACUUUUUCCUAGCAUUCCUUCAACCACUUUGAGGUAAGCUUUUUCAUUAAUGGAAAUGACUGCAUUUCUUUUAGCACUUUGUCUGUGCCUUAUUUCAUCUUGUCAGAGAAAAGUGUCAGAUAUUAAUUCUUGGGGUUUUUCUUGUCUAUAUGAUAAUCCAGACAAGAUUCUGACAAUUUUCAGUACAAUAGCCUCCUCUCAGGAAAGCUUUGAUUGCACUAAAACAUACUCUAAAGUGCUAAUCUCUUAACCUUCUAGAGUUCAUUAUUUGGACAGAUAAAAAUUGAGUUUAAAAUGACCUAAAAGGUCUUCUUGCCAAGAUAUAAUCUAGUUAAAAUUUUCUCAAAUUGAAUUAUGUGGACUGUAUACCAUGUAUUGAUUAAAGAAAUCUUCUUAAUGUAGUCAUAUAAUAAGACUCUUGACAUAUUUUUUUUUUCUCCUUUGAUGGAGUUGGUUUUUAACAGAAACUUCAGCAUUUUGUUUUGUAAAACUGUCAUCAUAUUGAUGGCUGCUUAGCUGGACAAGGCUCUGACCUCUGGACCAAUUCUACAUUUGAGGAGAACACAACUGCAAAAUUAUCUAGUCCAGUGCCACUUGUGAAUAAAUUUCUCAUGUUACACUGAUAUGAAGAAGCUGAAGGCUGCUUUGGAUUACAUCCUGAAGGACCAAUGCUGUGGCCUUAGUUCAAGAUGCAUCCUUUGCACUUUUACAGUAGAAAUUUUGGAAAUAUAUUUUGAACCAACCUCUGGUCAAAGAGGAAGAGGCCUGAGGUGUUGCAAGAGGAAAGCACGGCAGUUUGCAGCAGCAGGUCCUUUGCUCCCAGGUUGCAGCCUGAUUGGUGGUGCUGAUAAGUUAUACAAGUCACAAACUUCAAAUGUCACCAUUAUCCAGCCACAUCUGCACUGUCACAAGUGGCAAAACGACAAAAGAAGUGGAUAUACUCAUGGUAUCUCUUGCUUCUGUUUUACACCCAUACUGUAAAAUGUUCAAUUCUAUUAGUUCUUAUUUAAACAAUUUCUCACUUCAGAAAAAGCAAACACGUUACCGACGUAAUACCUUGCCCUGCACCUCUAGUUUGGACAGAAGAGAUGCAUGAGUAAGUACUUGAGCAGAUGUAAAAACAUUGCUAAAGAAAUGGACCCUUAUGAGGAUCUAAUUUCAAUUUUGGGGCAAGUUAAUGUGUUGGCUUUGGGAUUACUUUUUUUUUUCUUUUGAAUGUAUUUUUUCCCGUAAUGCCAAUAAACUGCAAACAGGAUGAUAGAAAAGAAACUGCAUUGUGAGUCAUAAAAAGGAUUAUUGACUAAAUACCAGUUGUAGGAUCUACACUGCCAAUGUGUAAGCCAGAAAGCAUGUCUUGACUGUACAAUUUUAUUUCUAUUUUCAAAGCAGCAGCAGUUAAAAAAAUCAUUAUCACUUGCGUCUGAGCUGAUCAUGUUUGAUUUGGAUGUCACUGGGAUGCAAUAAACAGGAGACCCCAGGGUGCCAUUUUACUAAGACAGUUUUCAGAGAGGAACCACAGUUUCUGCAGCAAAGCACUGCUGAUUUACAUGGAUUUUCUUGUCACAUGUUUUGGCAAAAUGUAUCAGCUUGUGCUUCUUAGCAUCAACAAAUAAUACUUGACUUGCAAACGAGCUCCUUGGCAAGUACCCAGCCACAGGAGGCUUGGAGACUUGACUGUAUAAAAAAGACUUUCAUUUCACCAAUUUGUGAACUGGCACAACCCCUGCCAUAGUCGUUUGGAGCUGCUCUCUGAUCCUUGCUCUCGAGUCUUGGAUAUAGAAGCUAUUUAGCCUGUUAGAUUUUACCAGAUUCCAAGCAAUGAAAAUUAAACAUUUAUUUUUUCAAUUUCCAUGUAAAUGCCUCGAAGGGCUCUCAAGCUCAUUUGUGCUCUUAUGUUUGAAAUUAAUCUUUUCUACCAUGUGACACUGGUAUAUUUUCCCUCACUUUGUAGGCCUUUCAAAAUGUUCACCUUUUAAAGAAAAAAUAAGGCAGCUUACUUUGUAUUUUUCCUGUGCAGUCUUCUUGUUCAUAAUGAGUUUAAAUAUAAGGAAUAUAAACCCAUCUGGAAAUAAAAAUUAUGCACUAGGUUCACUAAAAAAAAGUAAUUACAUUAUAAUCAAACUGUCACUUUAUGAGAUAGUGGGAGAUGAAAUACACCACAAGCUGACAAAAGAAGAUGACGACUUGCUCUUUUAAAUAUCAUCCAUGGCACAAAGCAGUUGAAGAAAAUCUGAAUUACGUACAGGUAAUCAGGAAAGCACUUGGAGCUGGGAAGGUAAAACUCAGCACUAGGACCAGGGAGACAGAUAGGCUUUCUCAUGGUGGAAUAGGGAACCUUCAGCCUUAUGCAGCCCAACACAUGUACAGGCUACUACUGUCAACAGACUGACAGCCCAAGGUUGUUUGGACACAGCGUGCAAAACACGGACCUGUGAUUAGGAAACACAUUGAAUUCAUAUGUUGUGUUUUGCACGGACCUCCAAUCUGCCACUGUGGCAGUUUUGAGUUACUGUCCUUGUUCACCUUACUCAAAGUAAAUGUACCCCACCGAGCUGUCAGCCUGUAUUCAGCAGGGGCUGAUUCCUGUCUCAGGUUAGACAUGCAAGCCAACAGGGAAAAUCUGAAUGUGUAAGGAGUCAUCUUUUUUCACAUUUUGCUGUUUCUUGUGGCUCCUUCAACCUGCCUUAGUGUGAAUGGAAAUGCCUUGGUUUGAGGUGCAAUUCAUGGUCCUGUGUAGCCACUAGGUAGACAGCAGCAUUCAGGUGGGAGUGUUCUUCAGACCGUUGUCAUAUGAGCUGUUGUUGAAUAAAGCCCUUUUUCCCUCCUGAGGUAUUUCUUUGAGAUUUGAAUCUGUUCCCUGUUUUCUGUCCUCUGUCAGCAGUGGAUCCUUUUCACCAGCAGUCCCAGCAAAGGUCUUUGCACUGACACUCGAAAGCGGACUGGUGGCAAGCGGUGGGCAUGAAUGUGGGGCAUGGGAACAAAGAGAGCGACUGGUGAUGUGAUUUUGGAUGCAGUCUUGUCUUUCCAGCAGGGAGCAGGGAGGUGACAGGAAAAAUCUGCACAUCCCAAUGCUGAGACACUCAUCCCUGUAGCUGCCCCACCAAGGAAAAGCCAAAUACAGAGAGAUAUACUUCUUCCAGCUACCAACAAAGUCUGCUGUCCCUGGGCAUGUUUCAGUACCACCUCUCAUCCCUGCCAUCCAUAACCUGGUGUGUGACAUCCAGCUGUGGCACCUACAAAGCUGCCUGAAACUGAGGCUUUCACAUUUAAUAAAGCAUUUCUUUGAAGUCACGCUAAGUGACUAUGUUGCACAUCUGAACGGGGCGGACCAUUUCAACUUCCUUUUCUGAGUCCCUGACAGGAGCACCAAGAGAGAUACAUAUUUACCAGAACUUCAUCAAGUGAAGAUGGAAAAAAAGUGGCUCUUCUGUCUCUUUUGUUUCCUCUGGGUGCCCAGCAUCACAGGCCAGUCUAGAGACGUCAUUACCCAAACAGAAGUGGUCCGUGCUCUGCCAGGUACUGACGUGACCCUGGUGUGCCUCUUCCCAAAAUCACACACCACCCACAUAAUACAGACACAGUGGUCCAAGACUGAAGACAGCCAUUCUGCCAAAAUAGCUGUUUAUCAUCCCACUUAUGGCACUCAUUACUUCGAAUUUUCUGAGGCUUCUUACAAUUUUUCGGUGUCCUUCAGCACAAGGAAGUGCUGCAGCCAGGAUGUCACAGAAUCUUUGUGUUUCACCAAUCCAAACACCACGUCUGAAUGCAACCAGUGGGCUCUGCACCUGAAAAAUGUUACCGUCACCCUUAGUGGGCAGUACAAGUGCAGUUUUGCUACUUACCCAUACGGGACAAAGGCUGCAAAAAUUCAACUUAUUGUCAAGGCAGAAGAGGAGCAGCACUACCUGAAGAAAGUGUGGUUAAACCAGACUUUAGAAAUUCCAUGCCUUGAGGACACGACCUCAGAAAAUUUGUCCACUUAUCCUUUGAAAUGGCUAGUGGGUGACAAUGGCAGAAAAGAGGAACUUGUGACCAAGGAGCCCUCCUGUCCUGCCGUGUACAGGAACAGCAGCGCAGUGUACGGGCAAAGAGUCCACCUGGGUUUGAACAACACUUUACAGAUUUUCCCCAUCAAAAUCACUGAUGAUGGCAGGGUCUUUUCCUGCCACGUGGUCUAUCACCCAGAGAGAGUCCGGAAGAGCAGCACCACUGUGAGAGUAUACGCUUACCCUGAGAUCUCUGUUAGCCUGCAGGAGGGCUCAGCUGGCACCUCGCAGAAGCCCAGCGUGAGCUGUGUUGUGAGGAAGGCGUUUCCCAAGCCCAGCCUUGUGUGGUACGUGGACAGAGCAAACCUGUCGGAGCAGCCCGGAGAAAUUCCUGUUGUACAAGAAGAUUUGCAAGACAGUGAAGGUUUCUAUCAGAUGAGAUCAACGCUGAUGCUGCAAGGGACCCAAGAGACACAUAAGACAUUCUCAUGUGCAUGUCUGUUUCCUUCCCUCGGGAGUGAAAUAUGGAAUAUUUCAUCGGAAGAAAUAUUUGUUUCAUUUGACAAUAAGUCUAAUGAAGCUUCACCUGAAGCUUUUCCCACCAUGGUUUCAGAAGACCUUGGUAAUUCAACACUUACAUCAGCUGUCAUGACUGCCUCAGAGCCCCAGUCGACAUCUUUGGCCUCUCUGGAUUUCACAAGUCAAGCAAACUUGGCUCCUGCUUCCAUAACACAAGGAGCGCUGGCUUUUAAUGCAGAGACAAAAAGCUACACCAGCACCGCAGCAUUAACUGAGAGUCUGACAGCAGCACGUAAUCUGUCCUACAGCGUCACAGACCAGACAAUUUCAGCUACGGGAGGGAAAGAUUUCUUUACUACCAGCAGCCUGCUCAACAGUACUGUGCUCAGGGGUGCCACCGCUGCCUGCGGCGGGCGCCGCUCCCCGACCCGCCCAUCUCCGACAGGAUGCUGCUGCCGCUGCCUCCGCAAACGGGGGAUGAGCAGGGUGACGAUCCCCGCGGGACUCCGCCUGGCUGAGGAGCGCUUCCAGCCUGUCCGGGAGGUUUUCCACGGAGCCCCCCAGCGCGGGGGACGCACCGGCGGCACGGCAGCCGCGAUCCCGCUGCUGAACGCCAGGCGGAGCCGCAGCGCCGCGGCCGCGGGGGAGCGGGGCCCGCUCGCCCCCGCCCGUCCCGUCACGAACCGUCCCGCCGGGUGCGGGGAUGGCCCCUGCCUGCCCGGGGAAGAUGCCGGCUUCAGAGAGGGAACCGGGGAACGGGCAGUCCUCAGAGCGGGACCUGGAAGAGGAAAUCCCCACCCCCAGCAGCCCCUAUCGUCCCGGUUUUCUGCAGCUAAAUUGGGUGUAGGAUAG